AUGCCCGACCGCAUCAUCUUCUUUGACGCGCUCUGUACCCCUCCUGCGCCCUUCUCGCCUUUGCCAUCCUUGCCGAACGUCGUCAUGCAGCGCACCACCUCGCUUGCCCCUUGGGUUGCCGCCGCCCUGCUCCUCGUUUCAAGCAUUGUCCAGGCACAGGAGGCAGAUCUCUGCCGCGACUCGGGAUGCCAGGACUGCCCCGUAUCAAUUUACGGCAACCAACCUUAUCCUGCCUGCGCAGUCUACGAUUCGGGCAACUCGCUGACGGACAACUUUGACCCACCCUUCAACAAGCAGCUUUCGACUUGGGAGACGUACUGGAACAUCCAGAACUUCACGCCAGACUGUGCGACGAUCGUACGUUCGCCCGCCGAUGUCAGUGAGCCAGGAUGCGGCAAGGUUGUUGGCGUCUUUCGCAAUCCAGUAUGCGCUCCCAUCUUUGUGGAGGCGACCUACAUGCUUUCAAGCUGCUGCGGUACCGCCGAGUGCAACGAGGCUACCGGCGUAGGUGCACGCUCGACUCGUCGCGGCACGUCUGAGAUGUUUGCAGCUCUCUUCAAACGCCAGGGCGGCGGCGGCAGUGCGCUCCUCCUCGUUGGAAAGGAUGGACGCGUGAUCGAGCCCAAGCAAGUCGGGUACCCACCUGAAUACAGAGGAGAGCGUCUUGACGAAGCUACUCUGCGCAGCAACAUGCUCGGGCUCGCUGCCAGCUCCGUGUCCAUCGAAUCACGCGGCAGCGUCACCGACCAUUCAGACGGCAACGGCGAGAACAGCAGCAGCAACAGCAAUUCGGUCAAGCGAGACCUACUUCGAAAGCGAAACUGCGACAGCUUCGAACAGCUACGCACCUACACCAGGUCUGGAGACACUAGGCAGAUCUCCGAUGUGCAGGAAGGCCCUGCCGACGUUUCGUCAGGCGGGACUCAAGAAGUCAGCACCACCACGUCAUUCUCCUCCUCUGUCGGAGACCCCUUCGGCAUUGCGUCGGUCACUGUUGGCUUCGAUUUUGCUGAAGCCACCAGCACCACCCUCGAGUACACCAUGUCGGUCCCGGCUGGCGUGUCUGCCAGCAUCGGCUGGACCCCGAUCUUACAGUGCGUGGAAGGCCGUAUGGAUAGGUGUGAUGACGAGGCUGGUAACGGAAGUGUUGGUGAGGUCUGCACGCCCCAGCUUGACGCCAAUGGUAACGCAAUCGGAGAACGCAGCCUCAUCUAUUCGUCCUGA